AUUACUUGUUAACAGCUCCUCACUAAUCCCACGAUGUUGGCUUUAUCGCCUUCUCUGUUCGCACCCAUCGAGUGGGCCUUAGAGGAACGCACAAGUCCCAGUGAUCAUAACUUGUUUUACAAAGACGGGGUUGCUGAUCUUCAGUUUAGUUGCUCGCCGCCACCAGAUCAUCAGGUUCAGGUUGAGGUUGAGGAGGCUCAGAGAUCCACGCCAAUAUCCCUUGCCGCGAGCGGCGACCCUACCAUGGUCGUCAAAAAGCUUAACCACAACGCUAGUGAACGCGAUCGUCGCAAGAAGAUCAAUAGCCUCUAUUUCUCACUUCGUUCUAUGCUUCCUUUGGCUGAUCAAACGAAAAAGUUAAGUAUCCCGGCAACUAUUUCACGAGUCCUAAAGUACAUACCGGAGUUACAGCAGCAAGUGGAAGUGCUUAUCAAGAAGAAGGAGGACCUUUUGUUGAGAUUCUCUCGGCAAGGAGAUGCGUCAAGUAAAGAAUCUCGAAGGAAAAUGGUUCAUCACUACGCUGCCACUGCUUGCGUAGUUUCAACAAGCAGGCUCAGUGACAACGAAGCUGUUAUUCAGAUUUCCUCUGACAAGCUCCACAAAACUCCUUUCUCUGAGAUAUUGCUGUGUUUAGAAAAGGAAGGGCUUUUAUUGCUUAAUGCUUCCACCUUUGAGACCUUUGGGCAACGGGUCUUCCAUAACUUGCAUUUGCAGAUGGAUGAAACUCGUAGAAUAGAGCCAGAAAUUCUAAGCGAGAAGAUUUUGUCAAUAUAUGAGAGGAAGGAAGGGAAUUUUCAAUGUUUUUAAGUAUAAGAUGACAUCCUAAUAAUUUGGGAGACCUCGUAUAUGUAAUCUGAUGACGCCUGAAAUGAAAUCUGUACAUUUUGUGGAAGUUGCAAAGAAGCAAAUUGGAGAUCGAAUAUCACUCUUUCAUAUAUGUGGACCUCAUGUUAGAUACAAAUUGAAGUUAUCAGAUGAUAUCAAAUGAGCUUUUUCUGGAUAAAGAAAGUUAGAGGUGGUUUUACCAUUCUUGCAUCAGACACAGUUGUAUAUAGGAAAUGAGAAGUGAAUCAAGGUUACUUACAU